GGUUUGAGUCCAACAAAAGAAGAUGUGGUGAUGCAAAAAUGAGAUCAUACUUGAAUAAGGUAGAUGCCAGAUGUGAGUUACUAUGAAAAAGACCAAUAAAAGAUGAAUUUUUUUUGUCAAUUUUUCCUUUUUUGCAUAUAUUUUAAACUUUUUUUUUUUAUCGAGUUCUAAUUUUCGGGUCCCAUUUUCAAUCACAUUCGUGUAAUUCGUUCAGUUUUUUUUUGCAUGGCCGUUCGGUAUUUUUCAAUUCUGUUUUCCAUAUUUCUGUUCGAAACGCGUGCCCUACUUAAUCAUGGGUGCACGAAGCAAUCCCAUCGACGACAGGCCUAUAGAUUCCAACCCUAAGCGAGCUCAACGAUCGGCCCCCUCUUCAACUUCAACUUGCGGCGUCUAAUCGGAUCGGCUGUCCGGUAAUAGGAAUGAUGAGGACACAUGAAACCAGACGGGGGAGACAAGGCAAGAGGCAGAAGGUCGAUCGCCCGGGAAGGACUCUGUUUGUUCUAUCACUAGAGCGUCUGUUUGUGAUAAAGAACAUCGAAAAUGCCGUUGAAUCAUAUUGUUCGGUGACGAAGCUACCAAAUGAGUGCAUGGGUAUGCUGGAAUUGGAGUCCAAGAUUUUCCGUGUCCAUAGUUCCUUCGAGAAUCAUGCCAAAGAUGAACGAGGGGAAGUUAAAUCCAAUUGUCCAAAAGUUUGGAAGCAAGAUAUUUGUACUGCACAGGGGCCCUGCCAUCAAUUUGGACGAGUUGAAUGGGGGAUACUCAACUAGAGCUUUUGAGUGUUUCGAUUCUGCUUUUCCAGAAAAGGGUUGGGUUGUGAAAUCAGGUGUACCCUUUUUGUAUGAUGCCUGGGACUAUGGAGGGCAUAUCGUGCAUGAGUUCCAUCGAAUAGGGUAGAAGCUCUACUUGACCGCCGUGAAUGGUAAAGGAGAGAGGUUUUAUGUUUUCGAUUUCAAGACAGAGGAAUGGUCAAGGAUGAAUGUUUUUUUUGUGGGAAAACAUAGGUGUAUGGGCUCACCAAAGUGUGUUGUCUCAGCUCCUGGUUUAGAUGAUGACACGUAUGUUGUUUUUGGAUUCCUAAAUGUGCACUCUCCAAAAUUUCGAGCUGAGCUUUUCACGCAAGGAAAAGGAUGCUCCUGUUAUCAAAAUGUGCACGGCAUCUUCAACUUGAAAGGAUUGGGAGGGGAGGAUAUGGGCUGCACAUUUGUUGAGAUGGGGAACGGAGACUACUUGGGCCUGCUCACUGCUUGGGAAUUCAAAACAGGUGACUUUUAUCUUCUUGUAUCAACCUUUUCACUUGAGGUACUGGCUGCUCGAGUGCCACCCAUCCAAUCCCUCAAUGAGCCUAUCAAAAUGAAAUUCUUAAGCAUUAACCGCAAGAACCAACAGAAGUUCAAGAUCCCUGGGGUUGAUUUCUCUUAUUUUGCUGGAGUUGCAUGUCUUUAGGUAUUGUUUGUACUGUUUCUUUUUGAGCAUCUACACAAUGCAUGCAGUAUAUUUGGAUUUGAACUCCUUAGGGUGUAUUCUACGUUAAUUAGUACUACCUUUUAAAUGAUUGGAUUGACACUUAUCUAUCUUAAUUGACACUUACCAGUUUCAACAAUGAUGAACUAC